AUGGGGAGGGGAUUCCUCGAUAGAAGUGGAGAAGGAGACGGGGACAGGGAUGAAAAAAUUCUUGCAAAUCAGUUACAGCCAGCUCUCGCCCUCCCGACAUCAAGCACCCACAAACCAUCUAGUUUAGUCGAUAGCGUUUGCAAAGAAGCGAACGAACUGGGCCAUUUAAAUUACAACGAUUGUGUUGCCGCUCUUGUGUUCGAUCCUAAAGCCUCGUUUGCAAAGAACAAGAAAUUGUUGGCGAAGAUCGAGCUAAACUUGGCUAUAUCUAAUUCGACAAGCAGCCUAACAUACAUCGAUGCAAUGGCAAAGAAGGAAAAAUCUUCACCCGCACUGAAAUCGGCACUCGAGUACUGCGUUUCACAGUAUCAAUGUACUGUGCAGUGUUUUAAAAUGGCUUUGACGGAUUUGGAUGUUGAUCCUGAGGCUGCAAAUUAUGAUGCGUUUGUUGCUAAUGAUGGUCAAUAUUACUGUGGAGAACAGCUGAAUUCUAGAGGGUCUCAAUCCCAAGUUGUGGAUUCAAUUAAUACUAGAAAUUAUUAUGUGAUGCUGUAUAGUCGCAUUGGACAAAUUAUUACCAAUAAGAUGACCUGA